GACCCUUCGUCGUCUGGCAUUGUCCGACUUGUUUCAUUUCCACAAAAUCUCCCUCGUCGCGGCAUCCCCAACAUGAAGCUAUCAGUAAUCUGCACCAUCGUGGCGCUCGCCAUCACGUCGACGGAGGCGUGCGCCAAGUACAAGCACUGCUGGUGCGAGCGGGACAACUUCGAGUACCAGGGCAAGAUCCAGGACAACGUUCCCUGGGACGAGGACACGGUCAAGGCCUGCGUCUCCCCCGGGACGGUCGGCUACUACGGCCAGAACUUCAAGGAGUGCUACCGGUACAAGCAGAUGUUCCCGGCCUUCAUCCCCUCCAAGGCCAUUGACAACUGCGACUGGAGAAACAAAUGUAUCUCGGUUGGUGCUUCCACCGGAUACUGCCGUGACAAGAUCUAGGUCGCUGGAAGACGGAAGAAGGGGGGGCCUUUUUAAAUUGCUGCGUUGAUACCAAUACGACGGUUAGCGUGCUGUAGGAUCGAGGCGUACGGGUUGAGCGUAUGAUUAUUUUUGUCUUUGUUGUCUAAUACUGAGAGAGAGAGAGAGAGAGAGAGAGGAAUAGUGUGGGAAGGAAACACGGCGAAUUCUGACAAAUAAUGUACGUGGAUCAUCAUUUCCGACACGGCUGGAAGGGGCGAUGUUCGACCGACUCCCCCCCCCCCCCCCCCCCUUUUUAAACUACUCCG